AUGGCCUCAGUCACUCACAUAGAAAACCGUUUCAACCACUUCGUCUACACUGUCUACCUCGCCGGAGAUUACAUCAACGUCACAGUCACCUCCAGUGCCUCCGUCGUCAAACGCUGGCUUUCCUCCACACUCCACUUCGGCCGCCACUAUGUUUACCUCAACCGCCUCGUCGUCGGCCUCGGCGUCCAGUGGACUCCCGGCGGCUACGACCCGCCUCCGGACACGCUACAGCUCUGCGUCGGCCGCCGCUGCCUCAUCUUCCAACUCGCGUUCGUCGACGGCGUGCCGGAGAGCCUCCGCACUUUCUUGAAAAAUCCUGACCACACCUUUGUCGGAUUCUGGAACCACUCCGACCGGCGGAAGCUCGAGUAUUCGGAGUAUGAAUUGGAGAUGUACACCGAUCCUCUGGAUCUGAGGCUGGUCUACGAUAACCUCAUACAGGCUUCGGUGGAAGAGAUCGUAGAUAAUUGCCUCGGUUUUCGAGUGUUCCAACCGAGGGAGAUAAGCAUGAGCAGGUGGUCUGUUUCAUAUCUCAGUAACAAGCAAGUUGCCUACGCGGCGGUUGAUGCGUACUGUGCGUUCCUCAUCGAUGCGCCACUCGUCCCAAGCUACCAUUACCACCGGCUAAAGGUGAUGACAAAAUUUGGGAUAAAAAAUCUCACAGAAAGAUUCUGCUUGAGAAGGAAAACAGAGAAAAAGAAGCGAAAUGAUUUGAGAAAACAUAAAUUGAUGGUUGGAGCUGAGCGACGUGCCUAUAAUAAGAUUGGAGCUGAAUAA